CCCCAAAACACGGCCGUCACAACGAUAUCGAUUUAAAAGUGGGUGCCAAGCUGACGUAAGAGUUGCUUUCACAACUGCUAAACCAAACCAUUCGACAUUAAAAAUCAGCCUAAAUCAAUAGUUUUCCCUGAUAUGAUUUAAAAAAACACCUCGACAAGAUGCUCGAAGGGGCCGUAGCGAGACUCCUGAAUCAUUUAUUGGGCAAAUAUGUGGUGGACCUUGACACUGAAAACCUAAAUGUUGGAAUAUUUUCAGGACAUGUGCAGUUGACUGAUUUGAAAUUAAAAACAGAGGCUUUGUACGAGUUAGGUCUUCCAAUCGAAGUCAAAGCCGGCACUGUUGGAAAAAUAUGGCUGCAGAUACCCUGGACGUGUCUGUGGAGCCAACCAGUUCUGGUCAACAUCGAGGACUUGCACAUUAUUUGUGGUCCCUUGCUCUCAGACCAACCUUUCGAUGCCGAAAAAAACAAACGGCUGAUUCGAGCAUUUAAGCGCAAAAUUUUGGCUGAUUUGGACACCGAAAGCCACAUUAUCGGCGGCCCCAACUCUUUUUCCGAACAUUUAGUUACAAAUAUCUUGAAUUGUUUGCAAUUUAGUGUUACUAACGUCCACAUCAGAUACGAAGACGUAAUUAGCUAUAAAACGCCGAUUUCGGCCGGUUUGUGCAUUGGGAGUGUCACAGCGGAAACGACAAAUAGUAAAUGGAAGCCCAACAAACCUGAAACUAACAGCAACACAUGCUACUACCUAGUCAAGCUUGAAACGCUGUCCGCUUACUGGAACUCGGACUCGAAAUUGUCAAAGUGGAAUCUACCCUCGGAAUAUUACGUUUGGAGGAACGCCAUGUCGAACAGUUUGCAAAAUUUUUCAAUCAACGACGAGAAUUUCGAAUUUGUUCUGAAGCCAAUGACGACUAAAAUAAAAAUAACGAUGAACAAAUCUAAUAUUGGAAAUAUCGGCAAAUGUUUAAUUGAUGUGAUAGUGCAAGACUGUAAUUUACAAAUUUCCAAGGAACAAUACGACGCAAUUUUGGCAGUAAGCGACUCCCUGAAACGUAUUUUAAUCAGUUGGGAUUUCCUGGCCUCACGGCCGCACGAAACAAUUUUAGGAAACACUAAAGCUUGGUGGAAGUACGCCUAUUUUGCGGUUUUGGACCAAAGAAUUCGCCCCUAUUCUUGGAAAAAAAUUAAAAAUGUUAGAGAUUAUUACCGCGGAUACGUGCAAACCUACAAGCAGAUUAUUCUGAAUCCGAACGAUACGGAAUUGAAGCUAGAUUUGCAAAAAUAUGAAGACAAUUUAUCCGUUAUUAAUGUUGUGAUAGCAAGGCAACAUGCACGCCUUUUGGUGCAAUCGCGUAGUUUAAGCGAGAAAAAUUUCUGGUCAAUGUUACCCUCACCUGAACGUACUUUGCUGUGUAAAAAAAUCGGGUUCUACGAUAAAAACUGUGACCAGUUACAGAUAGAUCAACAGUAUAAUCUACGAAUGGGUAAUUUUAGCUUGUCGCUGACACACGAUUCCAAAGAAAUUUUUCUUCUAACUCUAACUCAGACGAAUUUCAACUUCCACCCAAAUCAAUUGGAAGACACUUUUAAGGCACUGGUUAAAAUCGAGGGCUUGAUUUUGGAAGGUUCAAACGAAGACGAACAAUUAAUCUCGAUCCUGGCCUCCGAGCAUCUUAGUACAAGUCCGGCGUAUUUUUUUAAAGCAGAAUUGGAAAAAAUGCCGACAAAUUCAAACGCUUCACAUAAAUUGAAUCUAGCUUUAGAUUCGGUCGAGUGUUUGUAUAACCAACAAUUUUUCGACGACCUUUCCAAGUGGCUAGAUAACGAAUACUUGACACAAACGUCCCUUUUCAGCGAAAUUAAUGACUGCCCACAGACAAUACGUAGUUUCUUCGACGAAAAGUUGCAACAAAAGUGGGACUUGACCCUUAGUAUUAAAAUCCCGUUCAUGGUGAUACCCGAAUUCGGGUCUUUCCUAAAAGCAGAUAAUAUUCUAGUCGUGGAUUUAGGCCGUUAUUUAGUCACGACGGAACUUUGCCAAAAUAGUGACUUAAUCGAAAACGCGACUCAAAUGGAAAUGGAAGAACAGCUCUACUCGAAAUACCACAUCGAAUGCACCGACAUGCAGGUCCUUUUUUGCCAAAACUCCGACAACUGGAAGGACGAAAGGAAGGAAAAAGACACCGACUUGCACAUAAUCCCCAAAACGGCCUUUUCCGCCACGUACGCCUGUUGCACUCGAAUCGAAAAAACCAUCCCGAGAUAUAAAUUCAACAUCAAUUUCCCCACCCUUAAAUUGAAUUUAUCGGAGCGGAAAAGCGGCCAAAUCCUCAAGUUUUUCACAAACAAUGGGAACUACCUAGAAAGGGGGAAGCCAAACCCGCGACCAGAAACCGAUUUUUAUGAACACAAAAUCAUCCAAAGCUACAAUCUCAAGUAUUUGUCCAGUGUCGAGUCAAAGGUUUCGAUCAAGGACAAUUUCAUCAAAAUUAAGCGAGGGAAAGUCGACAAGAACCAACUGAAUAAAAUCGAGAAAUGUGCCGAUAAUGUUAAAAAAGAGGACAUGAACGAGGCUUGGGCCCGCUACGUGGAUUUGCCCGGCUUAGAGGACAAUAUUUCGCCCAAUAACAACAUAACAGUGCUCCUUAGAUUCAUCAUCAAUGAAUUCACUCUUGUCUUCUCAAGAUCAAGCGAUAGUACCGACCGCCAGUACCUAAUGUUCCGACUCGGGCUUUUGACCACAGAUGUGGCCCUAAUGACUUAUGGGCCAGCUUACCAAAUCUCAGUCAACAGUGUUUUACUAACGGAUAAAUUGCACACAACACCCAGUGGACAAUAUUUGGAUUUAGUCCAUAGCCCAUUUCCCAGCACUGUUGACGUUAUCACAAUCCUGUACAGGAAAGUUAGCGCGAGUUGUCCCGACUUUUGGAGCCACUUUCACGGUGUUGAGACCUCACUAGUGGCCGACUUCGGAACCAUCCACUUGUUACUCCACCAGGAAGCUAUUCAUACCCUCGUCAAAUACUCGAAUUAUUUGUUCAAUAAACUUAAACUACAAACGCCUUUGUCAAUCCGUGACGCUGCGUUGAAAUCGUUGAAAUUGAUCAAUAAUGUCUUGCAUCAGCAACCAGUGACUCCCGUUCCUCCAGGAUCGGUCAAAUUCUCUCAUUCGGCGAGAUUCGCAGAUGUGAACGUUCGAGUGUGUGACUCUGAUUUUGACAUCAUCAACAUACAGUUAUCAGGACUCGAAAUGGAUUUCCUGUUCAGGGCUAACGAGCGAUUUGUGUUCAGGUCAUACUUGAGUAACAUUAACGUGGAGCACUUGUCCGAAGUCACACUUUAUAGUAAAGUGUUAUCAACCGAUGAGGAUAAAGUUUUCGAGCUCAAAUACGUCCGACAUGCCUCUCACAUUAACCAGAAUGAGAUUUCAAACCGGGAGGAGAUGACCACUGGCGGCAGUUUCAAGUUCCAACUCGGACAAAUCCACCUAACUCUCUUGUAUAAAUUAAUAGUGCAAAUCCAACGAUUUGUCACAAAUUUGGAGGCCGUCCCUUACAUAAAUAACAUAAUAGAGUACCUCUACAAUGCUGUAACUACAGUCACUGACACACUAAAAGCCAACACAAAAAUCCACCUUGCGAUAAACGUCUGUGGCCCGAUCCUGCUCUUCCCCCAGAAAUCCUCAUCCCCCAAUGUAAUGAUAAUCGACACUGGCGAACUCCACGUGGAGAACUUCUUCAAGGAGUACAACAGCGACACCAUGGAGAACAUUUUGAUCAAAUGGACCGGCACCACGAUCACUCGGGGCGUAAUGACCCUAAUACCGUCCCUCGAAAUGCAGGAAACCCUAAUCGAGCCAAUAAACCUCAACUUCGACAUCAAACGUUACACGAAUAUCAAAAGCGCGCAGAAGUUCUGGGACAUCGACGGGGCUCUGGACCCCAUCCAGGUCACCCUCGGCCAAAGAGACAUCUCCACGAUCUUAUCAAUCUACAAAGACAACAUUGGCGAGGGCAAAAUCGUCGACCUUUUCCCCGUCCAGAUCAAAUCGCCCCUCACUUCCGCAAUCACCGACGAGACGGUUAAAACCCUCGAGGCGUUUUUCUGCGAACCUAAGCAGAAAAACAUAGUCGCGAAAUUUUCGCUCGACGAAAUCACGUUGUUGCUGUUUUUCGAUUCAGGGGAGUUGCUAAGUUCGCCGAUUCGUGACUUGAACCACGGCUUGUGCAAGUUUAAAGUGUCGGAAGUUAACACAACUUUCACGAUUUAUACUGACGGGAGUCUGGAUGGGAAAUUGUCGGCUGAUGGGAUUCUGGUUGAGGAGAUCGGGCCCGAUGCCAACAUUUACGAUAAGAGGAUUCUCCAGUCGCCGGUUGAUGAUAACAAGAAUAAUAACUGUAAUAUUACGAUAAAUCGGGCCCCGAUUGUGGAUAUCACGUUCCAUCAGAACAAAUCGGGGGAUAAUUCGGCCGAUGUGAUCAUUGGCAGGUUGAGUUUGAGUUUGUCGGUGCCGUUCUGCGAGAAACUGGCCCUUUUUGUGCUUGAGUGUCUUCCGAAGGACAAUUCCGACAUCGGGAUUGUGAAUCACGGCUAUGAGUGUGACACGCAUGAGGAGAAAGAAUACGCAGCGAGUCUCACAAUUUCGCUGAGGAUUAACAAGCCGGAGUUUAUAUUCGUUGUGGAGACCACGUCCAACAAAAAACGCUAUUUCAUCACCCACACUGAAAUUUUGUCAGACUAUUCCAGACACGGAAAUCGGCUAAACCUAGUCGUGUCUUUAUCAGGACUACAUUCUCUCUUUUACGACAUUGGCGUGCAAUCUAACGAGCCUUACGUCAUACUGAAACAGUGCGAUGUUGAAUUUUCCAAGUGUUAUUCCGAAGAGAAAGGCAAGAAAAUCAUCGCGUCCAUAUCCUCGGUCUACGUGCAGAUUUGCAGCCGAGUCGUCCACUCCCUAAGCGACAUCCUGAACGACAUCUCCGAACACUUCAAAGUGCCUGAGCUUGAACCCCGAGACGCUGUUACCAAACUCGAGGAAGAGCUAUGGGAGUCGAAAAAAAUGGACGAUUUCGUGCAACCAAAACCCGACUCAACUCUCGAUAACAAACUAGUGGCCAAAGAAGUCGAAUUGCAUGAAAUCCUCCUCGUCCCGAAAUUCGACAUUGUGCUGAUUUUCGAACUGGAGGACACGCAAGUGCUUCUGGUGAAGUCAACAAUGGAGGUGACGGUCUACGACUGGUCCUCGCUCCUAAACUGCACGUGCGAGGUGACAAUCCAAGCCAAUUACUUCAACGAGAACCUGCAAGUUUGGGAGCCGGUGGUCGACCCCGUGGUCAUAGACGAGAAGGAGUACAGACCAUGGGACGUCCUGGUCAAGAUUUUCCAGGAUAAGUCGUUGCCCAUGUUGAGCAGUCUGGACCAAAAGUCGCGGAACGCCACCCGGGAGAAGAAAAGUACGCCCACCACGACCGAAGACGAGGAUUCGGGAGAGGACAUGAUGUACCUCGAGCCGAUCAACCCGCUCCACAACCGCCACAACAGGAGGGUCAAGACAAGUCUCUCCACAUUUCUGGACGACUCGGAUUCGGAAAAUGAGGACGGGGCGAUGGAAAAACUCGCCGCCGCGAUUUCAGACCUAUUCACCGGCGAUUGGAACGAAAGCGAAGACAGUGACUACAUCCACUCGAGCGACAACGAAGACGAUUCGGACGACAAUGUCAAAAGGAAAUCACAAGACGAUAAAAUGAGCCAAUUUGCGAGCUACACGAAAUCGACUUAUGUCCUGAUUGACGCAAAGGAAGUCCUAAAUGUGACCAUAACCCCGACUUUUCUCAAAGUUAUGAACGAACUUUUAACCAUCUACUCGAACAAAACCCUCUCGGUGAUCACCAACAAGAAAACGAUCAACCUAACGAACGACAUUGGCCCGCAAUCGAAAGUCGAGCUCUAUGAGAAGAAAAGUGUAGAGAGUUACGAGGAGGACGCGCUGAUUUGCGUCAAAACCUUCGAAAACCAGGACUCUGUGCCCAACAGUCCCAGCAAAAGCGUUUACUACGUCUCGGAUUUUUCAGAGGACGUGAAUGAGGAUAAAGACAGCACGCAAGGGGAUGUGUUUAAGGCCGACUUGGAGAACAAUUACGACUUUGCGACCAUGUCGAGCCUGCAGUUCCCCUCAGAAACGACUCCGCAACUGUACGACAAAAUCAACGCUCAUUUUAUGCGAGUUUUCAUCCCGAAUUGUACCCCUAUUCAGACGAAUUGUUCGAAACGAGCUUGGCAAAAGCUUAUGAGACUGCACUCGACUAUCCCAGGCCAGAAGUACUACCUUGCCGCCAAACACACGAUAAGCAAAUCGGGCAGAAACGUUGUCAUAAGCUCGCCGUUACAAAUCAAAAACGAGACUUGUUUUGCCUUGAGUGUCUUAUACCAACCGUCGGUUUUGCAACAGUUGAAUUUAGAGCCGGUGGGCGACGUCACAAAUCCCUUUGAGACAACUAUGAGGAUUGCAGUUUUGGAAGCGCACGAGCAUUACAAUGUGCCGCUCUAUAUCGCCUACCAUUGCAAGCUUUUUAUCCAACCAGCUUAUGCCGAGGGACAUUACACCUCCGACUGUGGAAUUUGGUGGAAGGAUUUAGCCACGGAGCUCGACAUCGCGCAUAAUUUGCACUGCAGGCCGCGAACUGACUCAAAUUUGGAGGUUUUUUCGUUGCGGGUGAUGCUGACCCGAAACUUGGACAUACCAAACUCUCAAGCGCACACUGUUCCGAACUAUGUCAUACAUUUAUUGCCCCCGUUAAUUUUCCAUAAUUACCUCCCUUACUCGCUCGAAGUCGAAAAUGUCGGCUUGAAACAACUGAUUAAAAUCGAACCCGGGGAGAAAAAGAGUGUCUACUCGUUGGAUUUGUCCAAAGAUCAGAAACUACUAAUCCGAGUCAAGUAUAAUUUACUCACUUGGAGCGGAAUUUUGAAUUUUACAACGUACCUCGACGAAAAAAUCGUAGUUUUGUCGUCAGACAGUAAAGAAAUCAAACACUUGGCCAUCAACACCAAAACGGAUCGCGAGGGAAGCUGUAACAUGUUUUUUUACACCCCGUACUGGAUUAUUAACAAAAUUGGAUUGCCGUUACAAAUCAAAGCCUCAGCGACGAACACAGUCUAUGACAGUAACUCCGAAGAUAUCCUUCUUUUCACGUAUAAAAGACACGGAAAGCAAACUUUGAGCGUGAAAGUUUACGACUCGAAUUGGUCAAACGAAUUCGGGCUAGAGUGUGCCGGAACCACCGGUUUAAUAAUUUGCAAGGACAACGAACGAAAGAAGAAAUAUUUGUUCUUUUUGUCCAUCAAACUGUCACAAAUGUGUCCAAGAUUGACGAAAAUCGUUACUCUUUUGCCCACUUUUCUCAUCACCAAUAACACUAACAAAAAAUUGAGAUUUAUGGAACACAAUGAGAAAACCGAUCUCUGGAUCGACUUGGAGUCGUCCCAAACUGUGACUUUCUGGCCUGAAACCUCCUCAAUGCAAAUGUACGUCAAAUACAGGGACAGUAAAGUGAUUUCGCAGGCUUUUAAUUUCGCAACUCCGAAUUCAACAGUCCUCCGUAUGGAUAAGGGAGGAGCUUUGAAAGUUGAAGUUACGGGAGGCAUAAGUGACUCAUUCCGUGUCACGUUUUACGAGUAUAAGCCAGGCGACGCCCCCGUUUUGGUCAAAAACUACUGUCCCGACCUAUUUUUGAAGAUCCAGCAGCAGGACCAAAGCCAGGUCACUUUGCUCAGCCCUUACAAUUCCCUCUUGUACACUUGGGAUGACCCAACAAGGAUCAGGAAGCUGGCUUGGAACGUUUACAACAAUAAAGGAGCAGGAUUUGUCCUUGACAUUUGCAAGGACUCACACGGAGAGGAGAAAAUUCUCUUCCACAGCGUCACACCCACCACUAGUGUGACCAUUUCGUCGAGCGAGGACUCGGAUAGUUCCGACAGUGUUAAAACAACAAUGAAUAAAAAAGUCCGAAGGGACAAAAUCGUGAUUUACUGGCUUUGCUACGCCGACGGGCUUCAAAGAACGCUGCUCUUCACCCAAGAAUCGCGGAUUUAUAACACGGUUUUGAAACACUAUUUUUUGGAACAUUGCGACUUGGAGUGUUUAGUCUCGCUCUGCGGUGUCGGAGUUUCCCUUUUCACGUCCGAAAAUGCGAAAAAAGAGCACGUUUAUGGCUCGCUUGUUGACAGUCCGGCCAUUUGGGAAGUGAACGUUGGCCAUAAAUGGAAAACUCUGACUUUGGAAUUGGCUUCGUGGAUCGAGGAUAAGUACAAGUUGCAUUACAAGAAAUGCCAGUUGCGGGAUUACAUACACAUCGAUUUUGAAAAAAUGUACAUGUUGAAGCCUUUCUUCGCCGAAUUGAAACGCACGUACACGCCUGCGGUUUAUCUCCAGUACAGGAAGUCCAAAAAUUACAAUCAUUUCAAUUUCAAACUAAACACACUGCAGAUUGAUAACAAGGUCAAUAAUACGAUUGUUUUGUACCCACUUCCAGGGAAUGUCACAAAAGGAUUGAACUCUUUCAUCGACGUCAAUGUUUUGAAGUGUUUGGCGAAAGAUUGCGAUAUUUACAGACACAUCAAAGUCAAUAUUAAGGAUUUCUAUUUGAACAUCGAAAACGAUUUGUUUGUGGAUAUUCGGGAACUUUUGGUGCAGUAUAAAAAGUUUUAUGAUGAGACUAAUAUUUCGUACGUUAAUGAUAUCAAGUCAAUCCAAGAUUUGACUCUUGUGCGGUCUAAAGAUCCCCAAACUGGUCGAAGUUUGAUCGAAUAUUUAAGUGUGAGCAGCUUCGAAAUCCAGUUACACAUCUCUAAUAAAACACAAUUGAUUUUAAAAAGCAGCAAACUGCCUUUGUGCAAAAUUUUGGACUAUUUGUUUCCCAUAAACAUUUCGCCCUAUAUGCCUCUGGAAGGCGUCCUUCAAAAGGUUUCAGCUAUCGAACAAACCAAUCUCUGCGACCACCUCUCCACAUGUCUGGAAAACCUACUCCAACAAAUAAUAGCGCAAUUUCUGCAACAGUACUAUUCCCACGUCCUCGGUUUGCAGGUUUUGGUCAACACCUUCGCCAUCCAACCUGCGAUUUUGUACCCGCAAAUCGAUUUGGAAAAAAUGUCAAACACGGUUUUGUACGGCUCGAGAUGUCUUUUGAGUCACAUUAACAUGUCUCCCGCGGCUUUAGAAGCUUGCGUUGUCGAUAUUUUCGCUCAUCAAACGAUUGAAAAUAUUCAGAGGAUCCGGAGACACGGCUCGUACCAAAAGUCGGAGGUGGUACCGAAAAUCAUAACUACGUCUUGUCGCAACUUCCACACCGGGGUUCCAAACGCAUUGAACCAAUUGAUUGUGAGAAAACAAAACGCUGGGAUUAAUUGUGACGGCGAAAUGUUCUUCAGAACGACCGGAAAAGCGCUGUUUUCCCUCAUGACGCGUCACCCUGACGAGAAAAGUGACAGUGUCGAAGUGGCCAAAGAGGCCUUGAGACGAGCCUCGAUUUUAGGGGAACCGAUUCGGAUUCAGCAACGUCUUACCAGAUAUUACAACCGAUAUUUGGGCCUUAAACCGUUGUCAGUGUACGAAUCUAUGGGACAGUAUUUGCUAGAAACUGUUGCUAAUUCUAGAUUUAUGAAAGACACCUACUGGUCGCAUGCUUCGAUUGAUAGAAGCGGCAAAUCAGUUUUGAUAGUUUCGCUACAGCACGUUGUACGAAUAAAUAAGUGCCGGCUUUGGGGACCGUGGGAUGUUGAGUGGGCUAUAGACUUGGAUGAUAUUUUAUCGAUGCCAAAAAUUACGUCUACCGAGCUUGUCUUUAAUAUGAGACAGAGCGAAAAUAAUACGAGAGAAUUGUUGUUGACUAUCAGCGGUGAUAAAGAAAUGCUAACUUGGAUCCACGAAAAAAUUGAGCAAGCUAUUAUAGUUAGUAUGGAAGAUAAAUCCUGGCCCGUUGCUGAAAAUCCAUAAUGUUACAUGUAUUUUCUGUAAAUGCUAUUAGAGAAAUAUUCACAAAA